AUGAGGAUACUCUGUCUCCAUGGGUACGGCACAAGCCCCGAUAUCAUGAAGGCCAACAUGUCAAAGUUGAUGAAAGUAUGUGAUCCUAGCUGGGAGUUUUAUUUUCUGGGCGGGAAAGUAAUUUGUCAACCCGAUCCCGGUGGCAUUCCGCCCUCAGUCCCUGGCCCAUAUCUCUGCUACUCGGCAGACUUUGACCCUGUCAGCAUGAGGGCCGCCCAUGCUUUGGUUGAAGAAGCAUUUCAGAACCAAGGACCCUUCGAUGGGGUCUUUGGCUUCAGCCAGGGGGCCUCGGUUUUAAUCGCUUAUCUACUGGAGCAGAUCGUCACAUAUCCAGAAAGACCUCUUCCCGUCCGAUUUGGGAUUUUCUGCUCGGCAGUACCAAUAGUUGCAACGGACCCAGACUACUACCGCUCCGUAUUUGGGUCCCUCUCUCUAGAGGACGAACAGCGCCUUCGCUCUGGUCAAUAUGACCAGCUAUCCCAGCUGCCAGGACCAUCUCAAGCUCCUGCCAAGGUGGUGGCCGAGGUCAUCGAUGCAAUGGAGCCAAUCAUCCGUAGGUCCCGUAUGAGCUUUCUGGAUCGUCAGCCUUUGGAGGUCCCGUGCGCGAUGCAUCCAGAUUUGUACAAGCCGCGUCUACCAUUUCCAACCCUUCAUGUUCGUGCGAAGAAUGAUCCACCGGCGUUGAGACGGUGCUCAUUGUUGGCUGAGAGAUUUUGUCUCCCUAAGGAGCGACGAUCUUUCGAGCAUAGCGCUAUCCACAGCCUUCCGCGGUCCGCAGCGGAUGUGCAGGAGAUGGUGUCUGAAAUGAGGUGGGUGAUUGAAGGGAGUCAACGAGCGAACUUAUAA